CCGAGUCACUGGGGCGGGAGGAGCCUGAGCGGGGGGCGGGGCACGUGCCCGAGUGACGCAGGCGCAGUGCAACUCCAGAGGCGCGGGCCGCCCCUGCUGCGGGUUUGGAUCCGGGUCAGUCAGGCGCCGCGAUCCGAGAGAGACGAUCUGAACCGGCCGGACCGCUUUAUCCGAGCGCCGCGGUUGCGAGGAGUAUAAUAGGAACAUCAGUAGUAGUGUAAAAACUUUCACAAUGAAAUCUGAAGCCAAGGAUGGAGAGGAGGAGAGUCUACAAACUGCUUUCAAGAAAUUAAGAGUGGAUGCAUCUGGAUCCAUAGCAUCUCUGUCUGUUGGAGAAGGUGCAAGUGUCAGAGCCUCAGUCAGAACAGCAGCAGAUGAUACCAAACCUAAAAGUACAUGUGUAUCUAAAGACAGCUGGCACGGGUCUACAAGGAAAUCUUCACGAGGAGCAGUGAGAACCCAGCGUCGUCGACGGUCUAAGUCUCCUGUCCUUCAUCCUCCAAAGUUUAUACAUUGCAGUACAAUAGCACCUUCUUCCAGCAGCCAACUCAAGCACAAAGGCCAGACUGACUCCCCUGAUGGCAGCAGUGGGCUGGGAAUUUCAACCCCUAAAGAGUUCAGUGCAGGAGAAAGCUCCACUUCUCUCGAUGCUAAUCACACAGGGGCAAUCGUUGAGCCUUUGAGAACUUUGGUUCCAAGGCUCUCAUCAGAGAGUAAGAAGGAAGAUGACUCUGAUGCCACCCAAGUCUCCCAAGCAAGUCUCAAAGCCAGUGAUCUCUCUGACUUUCAGUCUGUUUCCAAGCUAAACCAGGGCAAGCCAUGUGCGUGCAUAGGCAAGGAAUGCCAGUGUAAGAGAUGGCAUGAUAUGGAGGUAUAUUCCUUUUCAGGCCUGCAGAACGUCCCUCCCCUGGCACCAGAACAAAGAUCCACGCUUGAGGACUACUCUCAGUCCCUGCAUACCAGAACUCUGUCUGGCUCUCCCCGAUCCUGUUCCGAGCAAGCUCGAGUCUAUGUGGAUGAUGUGACCAUUGAGGACCUAUCAGGCUACAUGGAGUAUUACUUGUAUAUUCCCAAGAAAAUGUCCCACAUGGCAGAAAUGAUGUACACCUGAUAGCAAGAAGCUAACUCAUAUGCUUUAAACCAAUGAAGGGUUGUCAAAGAGAUUUAGUUAACGGCAGACCUUGUGGCCACUUUGUGUGAGAAGACAUCUCUUUCUGCUCACUGUGCUUGCAAUAAAAACUUUUCUUGGCAUCUCAAUCUUCAUUCUUUAAACUUACUCUGAGUUCUCACAUCCCCAUCAAGAUGAGCAGAUCAAAGAAAAAUUCCUCUCAUUUAGAAUGUUCUUGGGAGAGGAAGAAACCAUAAUUACCUGAGACUGACAGCAGCAUCUAUGGUAAAAGCCUUUGUAACACAGUGCAUUUUUCAGAUCUGUUUAAGAUUUGGUAGCCAAGGGAAAUAAAUGUGGUUUUGUAACUGGACUGAACAUUUGUCAUACUGUAGUUGCCAGCCCAGAAUAUUAGAAGUCAUAAGACUGAUUUAAACCAUCUCUGAUUUAACACAAGAUUUAUUGUGACUAUAAAGGUUUCUUAUGUUAUUGUUGAGCCAGAGAUCUACGGUUUACAUUCAAUUUGAAUAAACUAGCUGGCCUGCC